CUAAAAACGUGAAGCUUAGCUUGUAGAGAGAGAAGAAAAGAAUGUGUCCUCUCAGAAUUAUUCUGAUUUUCCUGUCUGCAAUUCUGGCCGGAUUCUUUGUUCUCCGGAACCUCAAAUCCCUGCCUAAUGCUGUUGACCCCGACCACGACGACGACUACGACGGCGAUUCACCUAAAGACUCAAAUUCGCUUCCUCUCUCCUCCCAGUUGUGCGACGUUAUUGGGAAAGGAUUUUGGACCUGCCUGGAUAUGGCUACUGGCAAGUAUCUCUGGAGGCAUUUGGUUUCUUCUCCUUCUCCUUCCCCCACCCAUUGAUCUAAGGAUUACCAUGUUGUAAUGGUCCUGUAAUCUGUACAGUAUAAGGUGUUCAUCUUCUGCUUCAAUUCAUG